AUGGAUCCAGAGGUGGGAAGGAUCGCAACAUUCCGGAUUACCGAGACGAGGGAGGAUGGAUUUGAACUGGGCGUCAGCAGCAGCCAAGCUAAGGAAAAAACGAAGAAAGUAAAUUUGAUUGGACCAUUAACAUUGUUUCGAUACUCUGAUUGGCAGGAUAAAUUAUUUAUGUCUUUUGGCACUAUCAUGGCCAUAACUCAUGGAUCAGGUCUGCCCCUCAUGAUGAUAGUAUUUGGAGAAAUGACUGACAGAUUUGUUAAUACUGGAGGAAAUUUCUCCCUUCCAGUGAAUUUUUCACUGGCAAUGCUAAAUCCAGGCAGAAUUCUGGAAGAAGAAAUGACUAGAUAUGCAUAUUAUUAUUCAGGAUUAGGUGCUGGAGUUCUUGUUGCUGCCUAUAUACAGGUUUCAUUUUGGACUUUGGCAGCUGGCCGACAGAUUAAGAAAAUUAGACAAGAGUUUUUUCAUGCUAUUCUACGACAGGAAAUAGGCUGGUUUGACAUCAGUGACAUCACUGAACUCAAUACACGGCUAACAGAUGACAUCUCCAAAAUCAGUGAAGGAAUUGGUGACAAGGUUGGAAUGUUCUUUCAAGCAAUAGCCACGUUUUUUGCAGGAUUCAUAGUGGGGUUUAUCAGAGGAUGGAAGCUCACUCUUGUGAUAAUGGCCAUCAGCCCUAUCCUGGGACUCUCUACAGCUGUUUGGGCAAAGAUACUCUCAGCGUUUAGUGACAAAGAACUGGCUGCAUAUGCAAAAGCAGGUGCCGUGGCGGAAGAAGCUCUGGGGGCCAUCAGGACUGUGAUCGCUUUUGGGGGCCAGAAGAGAGAGCUGGAGAGGUAUCAGAAACAUCUAGAAAAUGCCAAAAGGAUUGGAAUUAAAAAAGCUAUUUCAGCGAACAUUUCUAUGGGCACUGCCUUCCUGCUAAUAUAUGCAUCGUAUGCACUGGCCUUCUGGUAUGGAUCCACUCUAGUUAUAGCCAAAGAAUACACUAUUGGAAAUGCAAUUACAGUCUUUUUCUCAAUUCUGAUUGGAGCCUUCAGCAUUGGACAGGCGGCUCCCUGUAUUGAUGCUUUUGCCAAUGCAAGAGGAGCAGCAUAUGCGAUCUUUGCUAUUAUUGAUAAUGACCCUAAAAUUGACAGUUUUUCAGAGAGAGGACACAAACCAGACAACAUCAAAGGGAAUUUGGAGUUCAAAGAUGUUCAUUUCUCUUAUCCUGCUCGGCCGGAUGUCAAGAUCUUGAAGGGCCUCAACCUGAGGGUAGAGAGCGGGCAGACGGUGGCCCUGGUUGGGAACAGCGGCUGUGGGAAGAGCACAGUGGUCCAGCUGGUACAGAGGCUCUAUGACCCUGACGUGGGGAGGAUUAUCAUCGAUGGGCAGGAUAUUAGGACAUUUAAUGUAAAGUAUCUGAGGGAAAUAAUUGGAGUGGUGAGUCAGGAGCCAGUGCUCUUUGCCACCACCAUUGCUGAAAAUAUCCGUUACGGCCGUGGAAAUGUCACCAUGGAUGAAAUAAAGCAAGCUGUGAAGGAAGCCAACGCCUAUGAGUUUAUCAUGAGAUUACCACAGAAAUUCGACACCCUGGUUGGAGAGAGAGGGGCCCAGCUGAGCGGUGGGCAGAAGCAGAGGAUCGCCAUCGCCCGGGCCCUGGUUCGCAACCCCAAGAUCCUGCUGCUGGACGAGGCCACCUCAGCGCUGGACACGGAGAGCGAAGCCGAGGUUCAGGCGGCCCUGGAUAAGGCCAGGGAAGGCCGGACCACCAUAGUGAUAGCGCACCGGCUGUCUACGAUCCGAAAUGCAGAUGUCAUCGCGGGGUUUGAUGACGGAGUCGUUGUGGAGCAGGGAAGCCACAGGGAACUGAUGACGAAGGAAGGGGUGUACUUCAGACUGGUAAGCACGCAGAUUUCAGGAAGCCAGAUCCAGUCAGAAGAAUUUAAAGUCACACUCGCUGAUGAAAAGCCUGCCAUGGGUUUGACUCAUCCCAUAGUUAGGCGUUCUCUUCAUAAAAGCCUGAGGAGUUCACGACAGUAUCAGAACGGCUUUGAUGUGGAAACCAGUGAACUUGAUGAAUCUGUGCCACCGGUGUCUUUUCUGAAGAUCCUGAAACUGAACAAGACAGAGUGGCCCUACUUAGUGGUGGGAACCCUGUGCGCUGUUGCCAACGGGGCGCUCCAGCCGGCCUUCUCGGUCAUCUUCUCGGAAAUGAUAGCGAUUUUUGGACCAGGAGACGAUGAAGUGAAGCAGCAGAAAUGCAACAUGUUCUCAUUGCUUUUCUUAGGCCUGGGAAUUAUUUCCUUUUUUACUUUCUUCCUUCAGGGCUUCACGUUUGGGAAGGCUGGUGAGAUCCUCACCACGAGGCUACGGUCAAUGGCUUUUAAAGCGAUGUUGAGACAGGACAUGAGCUGGUUUGAUGAUCAUAAAAACAGUACUGGUGCACUUUCUACAAGACUUGCAAUGGAUGCCUCGCAAGUCCAAGGGGCCACUGGGACCAGGUUGGCUCUGAUUGCACAGAAUACGGCUAACCUUGGAACUGGUAUUAUCAUAGCAUUCAUCUACGGUUGGCAAUUAACCCUUUUGCUGUUAUCGGUUGUUCCAAUUAUUGCUGUAUCAGGAAUUGUUGAAAUGAAAUUGCUGGCUGGAAAUGCCAAAAGAGAUAAAAAGGAACUGGAAACUGCUGGAAAGAUUGCAACAGAGGCAAUAGAAAAUAUUAGGACAGUCGUGUCCUUGACCCAGGAAAGAAAAUUUGAAUCCAUGUAUGUUGAAAAAUUGUAUGGAGCUUACAGGAAUUCUGUGCGGAAGGCACAUGUCUAUGGGAUUAGUUUUAGUAUUUCACAAGCAUUUAUGUAUUUUUCCUAUGCUGGUUGUUUCCGAUUUGGUGCCUAUCUCAUCGUAAAUGGACACAUGCGCUUCAGAGAUGUUAUUCUGGUGUUCUCAGCGAUUGUGUUGGGCGCCGUGGCUCUAGGACAUGCUAGUUCCUUUGCUCCAGACUAUGCUAAAGCCAAGCUGUCUGCAGCCCAGUUAUUCAAGCUGUUUGAAAGACAACCAUUGAUUGACAGCCACAGUGAGGAAGGCCUGAGGCCCGAUAAGUUUGAAGGGAAUGUGACACUUAAUGAAGUCGUGUUCAGCUACCCCAGCCGGCCAAACGUGCCUGUGCUUCGGGGGCUGAGCCUGGAGGUGAAGAAGGGCCAGACGCUGGCCCUGGUGGGCAGCAGCGGCUGCGGGAAGAGCACGGUCGUCCAGCUGCUGGAGCGGUUCUAUGACCCCUUGGCUGGCACAGUGCUCCUAGAUGGCCACGAAGCGAAGAAGCUCAACAUUCAGUGGCUCAGAGCCCAGCUUGGAAUCGUGUCCCAGGAGCCCAUCCUGUUUGACUGCAGCAUUGCCGACAACAUCGCCUAUGGGGACAACAGUCGGCUCGUAACCAUGCCUGAAAUUGUGAGCGCAGCCAAAGCAGCCAACAUCCAUCCUUUCAUUGAGACCUUGCCCCACAAAUAUGAAACAAGAGUGGGAGACAAGGGGACUCAGCUUUCCGGGGGACAGAAACAGCGGAUUGCUAUUGCCCGAGCCCUCAUCCGACACCCCCGCAUCCUACUGCUGGAUGAAGCUACAUCAGCACUGGAUACUGAAAGUGAGAAGAUUGUCCAAGAAGCCCUGGACAACGCCCGAGAAGGCCGCACCUGCAUCGUGAUCGCUCACCGCCUGUCCACCAUCCAGAACGCGGACAUGAUCGUGGUGAUUGAGAACGGCAGGGUCAGGGAGCGCGGCACGCACCAGCAGCUGCUGGCGCAGCGAGGCGUCUACUUCACCAUGGUCAGUGUCCAGGCUGGGACAGAGAACUGA